AUGGACGACCCCGAAGCACCCUUGCUCUCUACAGUUCCGCCGACAUGGACCACCAUCCUGACGCCAAUCACCUCGCUAUCUCCGCUGAGUAGCCUCCUUCUCUUCGCCUUAGUCUUCACCUUGAUCCUGAUCAACUUUUGUUUUUUCCGCCUGGCGGCAGUGCUGAACCGGGAUCCGAUCUAUCGCCGCCCGCGGUCUCCCUCCGACAAUCCACCCCAUCUACUAAUUGUGCUGGGCUCGGGUGGCCACACAGCCGAAAUGCUCAACAUCCUCGGCCAAUAUCGCAGGCUGCUGGACGACUGGCCACAAAGAACCUACGUCGUCAGUUCAGGUGACGAAUUCUCGGCGUCAAAGGCACGCGAAUUUGAGCAUGACAUGUUCUCAAAGCGGGACAAACGGGACCCGAAUGGGGCGAAUCCAGCACUUCUGGUAGGACCGACAGGGUACGACAUUAUCACAGUCCAUCGCGCAAGACGCGUCCACCAAACCCUCCUAACUACCCCGUUGUCAAGUCUCCGCUGUCUGUGGGACUGCAUCAAACUACUCCGAGGAACACACCCCGAUUUCUUCCCUAGAAUCGCUGGGGACAACUCCUCCAGGCCAUUGACCCCGGAUCUUAUUCUCACUAAUGGUCCCGGGACUGGCGUCAUCGUGAUCCUCGCAUCGAUCAUUCUCCUCUUCUUCGGCGUCGCAGGCCCGUCGGCCUCCUUGCCACGGUCGAAGAAAGUAAUGAAGCACGACAUGGGCGUUGGAGACGCGUCGGCCAAAAUCGGUCAAAUGCGCAGCAUCUACAUUGAGUCCUGGGCGCGGGUUAGAACCCUCUCUCUCAGCGGCCGAUUGCUCAAGCCCCUGGUGGACCGCUUCCUGGUCCAAUGGCCUCAACUUGUCGAGAAGGAAACAGUAGGAGCAGGAGCAGGAGCAAGGACAGGGAGAGUCGAGUUUGUAGGCAGUCUGGUGACUUAG